UCCAGGGAAACAUGCACUAUUUGCUUGGGACACUAGAAGAAAUUCUUCCUAACCUCCAAAAAGACGUUAGUGUGUGGAUAAUGACCAAAGACUCCAGUUUUCCAAGUGUGCAUACCCUUCUAGACAAAAUAGAGGCUGCAUCUGAAGACCCUGUUCCAGUUAAUCAACGUUCUGCCAAAAAUCUCAAGUCUUCUGUUUUAUAUAUAUUUACUUCAGGAACAACAGGUCUUCCAAAAGCUGCAGUUAUCAGUCACAUACAAGUUCUUAAAGGAGCUGCUGGACUGUGGGCUUUUGGUGCUACUGCAGAAGACAUCAUUUAUAUUACUCUGCCUCUUUAUCACAGUGCAGCAUCUCUUCUUGGUAUUGGUGGAUGUGUUGAAUUGGGUGCAACCUGUGUCUUAAAAAAGAAGUUUUCAGCUAGUCAAUUUUGGAGUGACUGCAAAAAGUACAAUGUGACUGUCAUCCAGUACAUUGGAGAACUUUGCCGUUACCUUUGCAGCCAGCCACUGAGGGAAGGAGAAAAAAAUCACAAAGUCCGACUAGCAGUUGGAAAUGGAGUAAGAAAUGAUGUAUGGAGAGAAUUUUUAAACAGAUUUGGUGCUGUUAAGAUCUGUGAGUUUUAUGGUGCUACUGAAGGAAACAUUUGUUUCAUGAACCACACAGGAAAAAUUGGUUCUGUUGGACGCACCAAUUUCUUUUAUAAGCUUUUUUUCCCAUUUGAUUUAAUCAAGUAUGAUUUCCAAAAAGAUGAACCAGUCAGAAAUAAGUAUGGUUGGUGUGAAAAAGUUAAGAAAGGUGAGGCUGGUCUUCUCAUUUCCAAAGUCAAUGCAAAGAAUCCCUUCUUUGGUUAUGCUGGCAAUAAGAGACACACAGAAAAGAAAUUACUCUGUGAGGUAUUUAAGAAGGGAGAUCUGUAUUUUAAUACUGGAGAUCUAAUGGUUCAAGACCAUGAGAAUUUUCUUUAUUUUUGGGACAGGAUUGGAGACACCUUCAGAUGGAAAGGGGAGAAUGUUGCAACUACAGAAGUUUCCGAUGUCAUUGUAAUGUUGGACUUCAUACAAGAAGCAAAUGUGUAUGGUGUAUCUGUGCCAGAUCAUGAAGGAAAAGCAGGAAUGGCCUCACUUAUCUUAAAGCAGAGUACAUCAUUGGACUUGGAGCAAAUGUAUAAGCAAGUAGUGACCUAUCUACCAAGUUAUGCUUGUCCUCUUUUUUUAAGAGUCCAGGAAAAAAUGGAAAUGACUGGAACAUUCAAACAACAGAAAUUUCGACUGGUGGAUGAAGGUUUUAAUCCAUCUACAAUUACUGAUCCUCUUUAUUUUUUAGACAGUUCUAAGAAAGCAUAUGUCUUGUUAACCAAAGAAGUACAUGAGAUGAUCUUAUCUGGGAAAAUGAAACUUUAAUUAACCUAAACUAUUAAGUGGCAGUCUAUAUGAGUUACUCUGAGAAAACAGUAAUAUUAAUUACCAGUAUUUAUAUGUAAUUAUAAAAAAUAUUAAUUUUAUAUACUUGAUAUUUACAUUCAGAUAUGUCUUGUAUCUUUCCUCACUUCAUCAUUAUUGUUCAGUAAUAUUUUUUUUCUCUUGAGACCAACUUCUAAGUAAAUGACCAAUAAAACAUGACUGAAAUCUAUUUUGUCUUAAUUUUGAAGUAGAAAUGCUGACUCUGAUAGAUUUUCUUAGUACUAAAUGAACAUGAAUGAUAUGUGGUAUGAAACACAGUAAAAAUUUCAACAUAUAAAGAUAUUGUGACAGAUGUUGUUGUUUCUAGAGAGAAAAUAUGCCAGUAACACUUUUUAAAAUGUAGUUUAUAUUUCUUGUAUACUUCUGAAUAUAUAUUUUAAGAAAUAAACACUUGACAGUGUUUGGAAGAAAAAACAGAUCUUCUGCAGAGGACUUUUCUGAUGGAAUGUUAGAUGAAAGAGUAAAGGAGAAGCCCUCCAAUCAAACUCAAAACUAAGGUUUAUACUAACAUCACUGCUGAGAUUGUUAUAAUCCAUGCUCUUUCAUUUGUUAAACUGUCUUCUUGGAGUGUCAAAUUCUGAAUACAGAGCAUUAGUAACAGAUGAAGAAUAGGCAAAGAAGAUGUUCACACUUAAUGGGGAAGAUGAUUGCCAGAGGUUAUUGUAUGAGUAUAAAAUAUAGUAGAAUUUUUAAAAUACUAAACCUUAUAUUCUAAUGCAUUGCUUUUUAAAAGUUUUUAAAAUAAAGUGUUAGAUUUUUU